UUAUAAAUAAUUAUUAGUUAUUUAAUAAUUAGCCUAAAUUAUGUUUUUCAUGGUUACUGCUCUUUCAGGCGCCGUCCACAAUUGAUUACUCCUCUUUCACGGUUUAGGCGCCGUCCACAAUUGAUUACUACUCUUUCACAGUUUCAGGCGCUUGUCUCUUCUUGCAAUCCAAGUCACUUCAGCAGGUUAUCUCCACCACGAUUAGAUUGACAACCAUUUUGAAAUAAUUUCGACUUUUUAAAAAUGGUUAAAAAAAGGACAUCCCGUCAAAAAGUGAAAGAUAAAGCCAACAAAAAUGCUUCUGCUACGACGACGGAAGAAACUGCAUCGACACCAGCAGAAGAAAGUUCAAUUGAUGCGAUUGCAGGGAAUGGGUAUGAACAACUUCCACAAAAUAUGAAGCGGAAAAUGCUAAAGCAAAUGCUCUUCUAUGCCAAAUUGCAAGAGAACCAACAAACUUUGAGUGCUAAACGGACCAUUGCUAAGAAGAGUCGCAGACACAGGAACAAAUCAGGUCAAACAUUAAAGGACCUGUCAUGUCUUGCCGAAACUCUCCCUUCAUUUAGGGACCCAAAAUCUGUUGCCACAAGUACCAAGCUGAACUGCAAGUCUCGUCAAAAGCUUGUAGUAAAGGAAACCAAGCAAUUGGCAGCUGUGCUGGCACAUCCAGUGUUUCAUUCAGAUCCCUUCUCUGCCAUUCAACAACACCUUGAAAAUACUCUUGGGCGACAGAUAAAAACUGAAGCCAAGUCUAAACGUGCUAAUAAGGGAAAAAUCUCUAAAAAGAAGAAGAGGCCACAAUCAAUUGGCACUGCACAGGCAAUGGAUACAUACCAGUAACUGUUGCCUCCCUCUAAGUGGAAGGUGCAUUUCAAAUAUUGUGUUUUGAUUUUAACUCUGCUAAUUGAGUUGGUAUUUUAUGAAGAAAAAUGAAAUGCUUUUUAAUUUUCAGGUAACGAGAAUUUGAUUUUGCAGAAAUGAAACAUAUCUGAUUAUGUUUUCUGAGGAUCAUUGCUAACUUGUUAAUGUGAAAGAAGUAAUACUAGGUUUUGCAGUUAAAAAAUAGUCAUGAUUUUGAGGAUCAAUUAUGACUUGUUCAAUCUGAAUGGAGUAACAUCACCUCCAUGCACAUCCCUGGGUAGGGCUGGAGUAGAAGCAUGUUUUGUAGAACUGGUUUUGGCAGCUGAAUUUUAAUAAAUUGUUUGGAGCUAUACCUGCCAUGGUGCAUGGGGUUGAGUUUGAAAGCCUAGCCCUUUAUAUUUAGAGUGCAUGCAAUACGGUUUUGUAUCUACCUAUAUUUUUUAGGGGUUGUAAUUUAUGUCCAGAACAUCUUAUUUUGAGUAUCUUAAAUUUGUAUACCUACAUGCUAAUGUGAGACCAUUUGCUCUAAUUUUCAACACAAUUAUUAUUUCAUCUAA